AUGAAGAAUUCUGAUGCAGAUAUCUAUUUUUGUUAUCUAUAAUUCUCAAACUAAGGAUAAGUUACAUAAUAGAAAUUUACUAUUUAUGAUUCAUACUUAACAAUAUAAGUAUAAAUAAAUUGUUAUCUUACAAGAUUGAUGAGAUAGAUGAAUUAAAAGUUGAUUAUUGUUAACAAAAUGUCAUUUUUGAGUGGAAAUUUGAGUAUUACAUAAAUUAUAUCAUAGGAGUGGCAAUUCUGGAGAAGUAAUUGUUAUUACUGAAAAUUAUUCAUUGAAUUACCAAGGACCAAAACAAAUAAUAUUAAGUCUAAAAGAACACCUUGAUGGAAGGGUAUUUUAUGGAAAUUUCAUGUCUCAUUACAAUGAAAUUUAAACUAUUAAAAAAACUAAACAAGGAGAUGUAAUAUCUUAUUUUAUAUUUAGAUUGUAAAAUGUUAAAGCAAACACUUAAACAUAGAAGUUAUUGCAAAAAAAUUAAGUUAUACUCAUAAUUUAGAGCAACAUUCAAAAGUAUGUUUAUAUUUAAUCAAGAAACUUAUUCUGAAUGAAUUAAAAAUAUGUCAUUACUUAAGUUAAUUCAACUAAGAGUCUAUUUUAAAUUUAAGGGAGUUUUAUUAAGAAAAGGAAUAUAUUAUUUUGAUAUUUGAUUUUUGUGAAGGAGGAACACUAUAUUCUUACAUGGCUUUAAAGAAUUUUAAUCCUUCAUUCCUUGAUAUAAGAAAAGUGAUGAAGAAACUUUUAGUGGCAAUAAAGUUUCUUCAUAAACACAACAUUAUGCAUAGAGAUAUUAAAAUGGAUAAUAUUAUGUUAUUAGAAAAUAACAAUCCGAAUUCCUUAUAAAUUAUUGAUUUUGGAUUCUCCACAUUUAUUGAUGAUUAACCAUAUAUAAUUGAAAGAUGUGGAACACCUGGAUAUAUAGCUCCAGAGCUCUACUCUGAAAUUCCAUAUGAUGAACUUAUUGAUAUUUAUAGUCUUGCUUAAAUUUUUUUUACAUUAUUGACUGGAAGGAAAUUCGCAUUUGAUUCUCAUUCAGUUAAGAAAUUUACUUAACUUAACUUACAAUAAUAAAAUAUCAUUAGAGAGUCAACUAAGAACGAAACGAUUGUUGAUUUAUUUAGGAAAAUGACCACUACUCCAGAAAAAAGGUACAAUGCCUUAUAAUGUCUUAAUCAUUAAUAUUUUGAAAAGACAUCUAAUAUUAAACAAUAGUAAUUAAUUAAUUAAUGAUUAGGUUAAGUUGUCUGAAAUUUCCCUUGUUAAAGACUCCAUUUUAAUCAGUUAGAUUAAAAGAACAAUAAAAUUCUUAGGUCUGUUAAGAAAGAUUCAUCAAUCAAAAAUGA